CAGUGCCAGUAGUUGUAUUUUCGAGUCAGUCGUCUUGCGUGAAUGAUGGUGUCGAGACCGUUAAGACAGAAACAUCGGCAGUGUGCCUGAAAAAGUCUUUUGAGUGCGUGUGCCCGUUGUUAGGCAAAACUUUAUUUCGAGAUAAGACCUGCGCAAAAGAGCAUUGCCUUCCUCGGCAACUAGAAAACAACGAUCCUGCCAAAAACAUCAGCAAUCGUUGUCGUCUUUAAGGGAACAGUGUUUCGGCCCUUUUCUUUCGGCCAUCACGGAUCAAAGUUUACAGUGAAUCAUCAAAUUUGUUGCUAAAGAAGUGUCUUGUUGUCAAACACUAAAUAUCCAAACAACACACCAAGUGUCGUGUAGAGUUCGCCCCCCUUUCUUCAAACUGCAACGACAAGGAACAACAACCAUUUGAGGGGGGAGGGAGGUGGUGGGGGAUUCUGUCAUGGAGAAGGUCACCCGGACCGGUUUCGCUCGUGGCCCAUCGAGUUGAACGUUUUUUUCAACAGUUUCUCAAACGUCGAUAUUCCUCAUUGGGGAAUAUUAAAGGAGAAGCCCUUUCUCAAAUAAUCUAGAGAUGGCCAAUAGCAGGAGCAGCAGCCGGUGUAGUAGCGUGGCCAGCUACGGACAGAGACCUCCGUCUUUGUCCGAUCCGCCUCCGCCACCCACAGUGAUGGGGCUCGACCCCAAUGACGGACGCGGAGAUGAGAUCCAGCCGUGUCCGAUUGGGUUCCAUCCGAUGGCGCACACGCCACCGCCGCCCAUUUACGCGACGCAGGAGCAAUUGCGCGAGGAACACAGGCAGCAGCAAAUGCUUCCGCCUAAACCGGCUAAAGAACGACGACUUCCGUCACGAUCCGGCAGCACGGCCAGCCUGUUCUCACCGUUCGCCUCGCUCACGCGUCGAUUGGGAGCCAAACAUAAAUCAUCGAAAACGAGCGCAAGUAGCAGCCGAUCGACUGGCCAUGGAAGUCGCAUGUCCACUCCGGUGGAAUUCCCAGCCGGGUCGCAACAGUAUCAAGGAGCCGUCAUUUCACGCUCCGUCACGCCGGCUUCCGUCUACUCGACUUUCCCGCGUAUCCACUCAUCGUCCAGCUCAAAUACGCCGUCGCCAUCCGGCCGGACACCUUUUAUUAGUCAAUUACUCGGCCUCAAUGGGGCCAAUGGGGGCGUUCGAGGCGCUUGUGUUGGCGGUGGCGGUGGUAGCAGUUCGUCGUCAUCGGCCACAGUUCCAGCCACGACAUCUUGCCCGUCUUGCCCAUCACCCGGUCCAAGUUACUCAUCUUCGUCUCGUUUAUCAUCCUCUGGUGGAUAUCCGCCCAUGAUGAUGACGGAAGUGUUGGACGAACCCGUAGAAGAAGAGGGAGCUGCUGGUGAAAGGGUGACAUGGGAAUAUCAUCACGUGACGAUGAACCGAGUGCCCGGCUACGGUUUCGGUAUCGCCGUUUCGGGUGGCCGAGACAAUCCGCAUUUCGCCAACGGCGAUCCUUCCAUCGCCAUCUCGGACGUCAUUAAAGGCGGACCAGCCGAGGGAAAGCUACUGAUCAAUGACCGCGUCAUGAGCGUCAACGGAGUUUCGUUGGAGAACGUCGAUUACGGCACGGCUGUUUCCGUCCUGCGCGACAGCGGCGCCGCCGUCAACUUGGUCGUCAAACGUCGCAUCGUCCUCGGUGCCUAUCCCGAGCCGACCACAUACAAAGUCACCUUGACCAAAAGCAAAAAGAAAGACGAUUUCGGAGUCAUUUUGGGUUCGAGGAUCUACUUGAAAGAGUUGACGAACCGGGCGCUGAUCGAUCGCGAUGGUAGUCAUGGCAACAACAGCCCCGUCUUUCAAGAGGGCGAUAUCGUGCUCAAGAUCAACUCGACCUCAACGGACGGCCUCAGUCUGAAAGAGGCCAGGAAACUGAUGGAAAAUUGCAAGGAUAAGCUGCAGUUGACUGUGCGUCGGGACGCAGCCGCUCCGGCCCUCUUGGGAGCCGUUGGAGGAUCAGCCGGCCCGGCUGCCAUGGGCCCGGCUGGAGGAUCUCAAGCGUCCAACGGUUACAACGAUCCCACCUACGGCGCUGUGAAAGACAGCAGCGUUCCAGCGGCGGGCAGUGCCAACUCGGGUGCGGCCCAUUUCGCCAAUUACGCAGAUCGACCCAAUUAUUGCAACCAGAAUUUGUACGUGCAGCCGCCGACGCGUGGCGGCAGCGUCGACUACCGCAAUCCGCUGACCCCGCAGCCUGCGCUGCCGCACUCUGCCGGCCCCGGCCCGUACAACGCUGACGACAAGAGCAAUCUGUCUCGGCUGGCCGGCCGAUCGCGCGGCCCACUGAUGGACGUUUCGCUGUCGCAACUCGAUCACCACAAUAAUCACAUGAACGGACACGCCGACGGCGAAGACGCCCCUCCACGACCUCCACCGCCCCGCAGCGAUGAUUAUUACAGUCCGAGACGGGCCAACGAGGUUGCCGAACCCAUCAAACCGCCUCCGACACUGGAUCCGCGUUUCAUCAGCUUCCAGAAGGAAGGCUCCGUCGGCAUCCGUGUCACUGGCGGCAAUCAGGUGGGCAUCUUCGUGACGGCCGUUCAGCCAGGCAGCCCAGCGGCAUUGCAGGGCCUCGUUCCAGGAGACAAGAUACUCAAAGUCAAUGAUAUGGAAAUGAAUGGCGUCACACGAGAAGAGGCCGUCCUCUUCCUGCUCAGCCUGCAGGAUCAAAUCGAAUUGGUCGUGCAACACAAGCGCGAAGAGUACGAUCAAGUGGUGGCGUCUGGCCACGGAGAUUCGUUUUACGUCAAGACUCAUUUCAAUUACGAACAGCCCGCCAGUGGUCACAUGGCGUUCCGCAAAGGCGAAGUCUUUCACGUUGUCGACACCCUUUACAAAGGAGUCGUGGGCGCUUGGCAAGCCUUCCGCGUGGGUCCAAACGGUCAAGACUUGCAGCAGGGGGUAGUGCCGAACGGCGCAGGAGCUGAAGAAUUAGCCACGGCUCAAUUCAACGCCGCUAAAAAGGAAGCGGCUACGACAACAUCCGAGUCACGCGGCUCGUUCUUCCGGCGAAGGCGGCCUACUCAUCGUCGUUCAAAGUCUCUCGGAAGGGAUCACUGGGAUGACGUCGUCUUUGCCGAGACGCUCAGCAAAUUCCCGGCUUACGAACGGGUCGUCCUCCGACAUCCCGGAUUUAUCCGGCCCGUCGUCUUCUUCGGUCCCGUUGCCGACGUCGCCCGCGACAAACUCAUCAAAGAUUUCCCCGACAAAUUUUCCGCACCUCAAAUGGAUGGAAAUCGAGACUCGAACGAAGGGUCCGCGACGGGCGCUCAAGUGACGGCAGGACGUUCGGGUAUCGUGCGCUUGAGUGCCAUCCGCGAGCUGGUGGAGAAAGGUCGACACGCGUUGCUGGACAUCACCCCCGGCGCCGUCGAUAAGCUCAACUACGCCCAGUUUUAUCCGGUUGUCAUCUUUUUGCGCGCCGAUUCGAAACACACAGUCAAGGAGCUACGCGCCGGAAUACCAAAUACUCUGGCUGGCCUGGCUCCGCGGCUCGAAGAAUUCUUCAAGUGGACGGCCCACAAGAGCAGCAAGAAAUUGUACGAGCAAUGCGUCAAAUUGGAGAAGCUCUGGACGCACGUCUUUACGACGACGGUGCCACUAACUCAGCGUGACACCUGGUACCGAAAAUUGCGCGAGGCCAUCGACCGUGAACAGAAUCAAGCCAUCUGGGUCUCGGAAGCCAAGUUGGAUGAGUACCUCUCGGAUGAUUUCCUGUUCCCGAUGACGUCACGACUCUCGUACGCCUCGUCACCUGAAUCGGAUCUCGAUUUGUCGCCCGAACCUCGCGCUUCCGGCGCUUCCGCUGGGGCAGAAGGCUCUUCGAAAAGCAACGGAAUGAACGGUGGAAGUAAAUCGCCACCGUCGCCCAGUUCUGGCGGUCGAAUGGUCAAGAGUUCCAGUGACCCCAGCAUCGCCACCCAGGAUGACCUGGGUGUCUCAGGGAUGAGCAGCCCCGCUGGAUUAUUGAAAUCCGUCGGUCCGCCAGGCAAAUUCCAGUCCCCAAUCAAUUCUCAAUGUGUGGUAGACUCGUCAACGCCAACCAAACGACGAUCUCAAGGCGGCGAUUCCAAGUACGGAUUCUCGUCGCCGGGCAACGGCCAUCACCCCGGACAGAGAGAUGCCAACACGCCGCGCAAUUACGGCGGCCAACCGGCCAAUUACUCUUACAAUAGCCCGUCUUCACGAGGCCAACAGGCCAGCACCAAUCUGGACUACAUGAACGGCCCCCCUCAGUCGAAUCACAGGCCGUCCGGCAACGGUGCCUACCCGACAUCGUCGUCGUCUUCUCAACAGCACCACUUGACGCCUUACUCGAAAUACGGUGGCGGCGGGAGCAACAGCAGCGGCGGCCACGGUCCAUCAUCGUCGGGUGUCGUUGAAUUGCCACCGAAAAUCGAUCGCAGUAGCAAACCGACGCGGCUGGCGCGUUCCGCACAGGAGCGCUUGUUCGGCUCGAGAGAAGGUGACGUCAAUGGUCUCGAUAUCGAUACGUAUCCCACAUCGCCGCCAGGUCCGGCCCCAGGCCAGCCGGGACAGAACGGCGGAGGAGCCCAUCAAUCUCACGACUACCUGAGCUCCAUGCAAGGCAGUUCUUUGGAUAGAGACAGAGCUGCCAAAGCGGGUAGUUAUGAUAGCUCGUCGUCGUACGAGUCUUACAAUCGACUCGGCCUGACGUUGGCAUUGGCUGGGAGUAGCCAUCAAAGCGGCGGUGGAGAUGUGAACGCUAUGCCCGGCUCGCCUACUUCGGCAGCCCUCAAGUCCCACGAUCCUUACCGCUACACUCGCUCAACCAGUCAACCAGUGCGUUCGCCGACCGAGCUGACGUCACCAGCGACCAAACAACUUCAUCGUCCCUUCGACCACAAAAAGCAAUCACCUCCACCCAAGUCCGCACCUUACAAGCCCGUCCCUCCGCCCAAACCGAAAAACUAUCGACCGCCGGCGAACGCCUCGUCGACAACAUCCAACAACCAGCAGCCGAUGACUCCCAAUAGUAACUACUGGAAUCACAGUCCACCAGGUACGUUGAAUCAUCCCAGCCGGUCGGCAGCUGGCGGCGGCGAUGCACCACCACCACCUCCUUCUUCCAGUAAUGGCGGCGGCGGCAGUUCCAGCAACCACCACGGCUAUUACUCGCACGCUCCUCCGCCAACCAAUGCGGCCUCCGCCAUUCCAAACGGUCUCAAUUCCUACCGUUACGAAGACGAUACCAACGGUGGCUUCGACUCGGCAGGUCACGGAAGCAGUUUGGAUCGUCACAGCUACGGUGCCAAUUCGCUUUACGGCAAAGCGCCACCUCCGCCUCCGCCCGUGAAUGGUUCCAGCCGCAACAACGAAGCCGGACAAUAUUACUACAACAUCCCUCCGCCUAGAGAGAGUAAUCAGAAGCAGCAAAGUCAGUCGCGAGAUGGAGGACGGCUAGAUCUUGCCCAGCAUCGAGAUCAACGCGGUUCGGCGUUUGAACUGUACAAGAAACCGGCCGAUCCGAGAUCUCCCGGUCACGGACAUCAGCCCCUCUACAUGGAGCACAACGCCAGGCUCGACUACGAGUACUAUGACGGUGAUGGAUUCUCCUCUUCGCCUUACGACUACUACCACAACUAUCACCAUCACGACUACUACUCCCCUCCCACCUCCCCUCCUCCACCCAACUGUUCGGUGAUUGCCACCGUGCGCGGAUGGCUCACGCACGAUCAGGGAGGACGGCUCGAGAGUGUCGAAACCGGAGUGGCGCUGCUCGUGCCGCCUAGAGCUCUCCCUCCGGGCCCGGCAGCUCACCUCGUCUACUUCAAGGUCUGUCGCCAAGACCACGUCAGAUCGGUUGACACCAACGGCGUUCUUUUAGACGAUGGCAAAGGUGAAGCUUUACUUAGUCCCCUAGUUCAAUGCGGGCCGAAAGGCUUGCGUUUUCUGCAGCCCGUCGAGCUCCGUAUUCCGCACGAUGGAGGUUCCAGAGCUCAUUCGUCUGGCAGGUGGAAUGUUUCUCUCAAGACCUCCAAUGAAUUGGGACAAUGGCGACAGAUAGAACUACCCCAACGAGGAGACGACGAUCACCAACAACGUCCCCAAAUCCAGUCGGAACAAUCAGAUGACGCCAAAAAAUCUCGCAACCACCUAUCUGUUUUCGUCGAUCAUUUCUGAAACAAAAAAGCCACACGCUCUUCUUCUUUCUUUCUUUUUUUUUGUCCCUUUGUGUGUCACUCGUCUUUCGCUCUCCUUAUUAUCAAUCUUUCCUCCUUUCACUCUAUAAAAAAAACAAAACAAUGAUAAUAAUAAUAAUAAUAAUAAUAAUGAAUUCUCUAUGUCGACAACCAGUUUUAAAAUUUAAUUAGGCUUCAACGUCUUCUCUUCUUCACUGUAUGUAACUGUACAGUUCCAUUUUCAGUUCAUUUGAAUGUGUGUAUGUCAAAAAAAAAAAUAUACGUGUCCUUUGUCUGACA